CACAAUGGAUUGCAACCUCCGACUCAAGCAUUUCCUGAUCGCCCACAGACGAACUCCGUUUUUAUGUGCGAAGCACCUCCCCCAUAUCCCGGAAUUGGACCAGAUCGAGAGCCGAUGCCGACCGAACAAUUGCAUCGAGCUGGUACAGCCUCACCACCUCCGUAUGCAGCUGACACUGAAGGCUUGAGAAGAAGACAUUGA